AUGUCUGCACCUGACCAACCUCUUCCCGCCCAGGCAGGGAAAAGUCGGCUUAUUUCUGCUCACUCUUUUCAACUCCAUGACAGAUCGUGGGUGAAGAGAUGGCGACCAGCCUCAUUCAGCAAGUUUGCCUUGAUAUCAACGAUCAUCGCCAUCUCGCCGUUUCUUGCCGGUGUCGUCGUUACUCACAUCGAAAAUGGAAGGACUGGCGCCAUCCUUAAUACGCCAUUUGGGGACGAUGUUAACGAUGUUAGCAAUGCGCAAACCUUCAUGUAUCAGCAGUUUCCCACGAUCCUGACUGUGGUCUUUGGCAUUUGGAUCUCAGUGCUUGACCUAGAUGUCAAGCGAUUGGAUCCGUGGUCUCGGCUCUCUAGUGGCAGCUCUUCUGCCAUGUUCUCUCUUUAUGAUACAGAUUUCAUCUUGAGCGUUGUCUAUAAAUCCCUCCGUGCUAGCUACAUUUAUCGUCCCCACCGCUCAAAACGCGAUGUUCACAAGUACCACGAAAGUCGUACGAAGAAUUUAACAGUCGGUGCCCCUCAGGCCGUUGUCGAUGCCAGCACUCAAACAAAAACGAUGACCAAUAACUUCCAGGUUGCUGCAUAUUUCAUUGCUUGGCUAGGGCAGAGCCACCCCCUAUUCACGACAAAUUCCUAUACUUUGGCUCCUUUCGAUCACUCGACGGUCCAGAAAUCAGCACAGAUUUCCGUCAUUGUUGCCACAACGAGAUAUUCGGCCGAAGCCAGUUGUUGGAAGCCCGAGGCCGCAGUACAUAAUACCACGAGUAAGAGAAUAUCAUUUGCGGAUGGAAGCGGUUGCCAGACCAAGGAUGCAUUCGACGAUGAUGCUUACUGGAAUGUCCAGAAUUCACAGUAUCUGGCUGUUCAUAUUCCAGUUAUGUCUCCAGGAUUUGCUUUUGAGGAUGGCAACGCCCGCGAAACAAACGCCACCUCGAUGUGUCCAAAUUUUCCUUAA